AUCGCAGGUCGGUCCUUUCCUUCAUUUCCCUUUACUUUUAGUUCUUUCUUCACUUUCUCCCUCUUCACGUUUUCAUUUCCUCCCUUAACCUUUUGCUUAACACUUUAUUUUGUCAUCAUGUCUUUCGCCAAACGUCAUACCAUUCUUCUGACCGUUGCCUUCGUUGCCCUUCUGACUUUUGCCCUGGCUGUGCCCGUUCCUGGUGAUCUAGUUGCACGAGUCAAGCUUCCUGGAGCCAAACCCCCAGCGCAACCGCCCAAGAAGCCUGUGGCGCCUGCGCCUGCUCCGGCCAAGCCUGCACCUCCUCCCGCUUCACCUUGCAACGGUGCGAAAGACCCCAAUGGCAACGGAAAUUGCCAAGCUUGUCUUGCCAUUCCUAAAAACGCGUGCGCUUUCGACAGGACUACAUUGAAAUGUGUUCCUCGACCUGGGACGUUGACUAGUACCCUGGUUACUGUGCCUGCACAAUGUGCAACUAUCCAACAAACCAGUCGUUUGACUCCCAAUGCCAACGUUCAGCAACAGGCUGCAGCUGAAUUCGCGAGAAUGCAAAAUCAUAUCUUCAAUGGGGAGACCGAUCCUACUUCUGGACGCCAUACCUUCAAUGCUUGGAGGAAGGCCAACUCUGACCCUGGACGCUGUGACAAUGAGACCCACCUUUGCGCCUUCAGGCUGAACAACAAGACUCCCAAGACUGUAUGGGAUGACCGUGCCGGGCUCUAUACUCAGCAAGACAUCAAAGACAUGUGCAUGGCAGCGAUCACUCUCAACAUCCAGGAAAACCAGAUGAAGUCGAGUCUGUCAUUCUCGGUGCAGACCAAGUUCGGCAAGUCUAUUUGCGUAGAGCACUUGGUCACCAAGGACAACACGCCUUCAUGUUUCCCUGUCGGCAUUCACAGGUCGACACCUCCCCUUGGCUCUCGCUGCACCGAUACUGGCAGCGGUAAGACCGCCACGACCGUGGAGAUUGCACAGGGUCAGAAGUAAAGCGAAAAGGACAUUUAGAAUUUUAUGACGAAAUGACAUGUAUCUUAGUAGUGUAAGGGUAAUGAAAGUGAAGAGUUAGAUCGUUCAUUUCUGAGGGCCUCUGCUGGUCCAGUGUGAAUUGUGCAUUCUUGUCAUGGAAAGCC